AUGGCCAUUUCCCUCUUCACUACACUUCCAUUUCUUUCCCCAACAACCACCAUAUUCACUCUAUCAACCAUCCUCACAAAUUCAACUACACGAUAUCACUUCUCAACCAUCACCAUGAACUCCACCACCACCACUACCUCAGCAGCAUCUUCUUCCUCAUUGCAGCAUGUACCGGAGCAAGACUCUAACGAAAUGGAACGCUUUGCGAACGUAACGUUUCAAAGGUACACUUCCAAUAGCACCAAGAGGAAUGGCAAUGGUACAGCAAUCGUCUGGUUUAGAAAUGAUCUCAGAGUCUUGGAUAAUGAGGCUCUCUACAAAGCUUGGCUUUCUUCUCAAACUAUCUUGCCUGUUUACUGUGUUGAUCCUCGACUCUUUGCCACUACUUACCAUUUCGGAUUUCAAAAAACCGGAGCAUUGAGAGCACAGUUUUUAGUAGAAUGUUUGGCUGACUUGAGGAAGAAUCUAAUGAAUCGGGGACUUAAUUUGCUUAUUCAACUUGGGAAGCCUGAAGAUGUUAUUCCUUCUCUAGCUAAAGCUUAUGGAGCUCAUACAGUUUAUGCACAGAAAGAAACUUGCAGUGAGGAGUUGAAUGUUGAAAGGUCUGUCAGCAGAUGUCUUCAGCAAGUGGGGGAACCAUCUGAUGAAUCUGUUGGGGGUGCAAGAAGUUUAAAUAACCACCCCAAGUUAGAGUUUGUUUGGGGAACCACCAUGUACCACCGAGAUGAUCUUCCGUUUGAUGUCACUUGUUUGCCGGAUGUUUAUACUCAAUUUCGUAAGACUGUCGAAGCCAAAUGUGCCGUGCGCUCAUCCAUCAAACUGCCAGCAUCACUUGGACCACCUGCCCCUGUUGAGGAUUGGGGAAGUAUUCCUUCAAUGGAGCAGCUGGGACUUUGCUCACAGAAUGUUAGCAAGGGGAUGAAAUUUGUGGGGGGUGAAACUGCCGGAUUGAGCAGAAUAUAUGACUACUUUUGGAAGAAGGAUUUACUGAAGGUAUACAAAGAGACUCGAAAUGGGAUGUUAGGGUCUGAUUAUUCUACUAAAUUCUCACCAUGGCUUGCAUCAGGAAGCUUGUCACCUCGUCUCAUACACGAUGAGGUGAAGAGGUAUGAGAAUGAAAGACAAGCAAACAGUUCUACCUACUGGGUUUUGUUCGAGUUGAUAUGGAGAGAUUAUUUUCGAUUUCUAUCAGUCAAAUAUGGAAAUUCACUUUUCCAUAUAGGUGGACCGAGGAAUGUUCAGCGUAAUUGGAGCCAAGACAAGAAACUAUUUGAAUCCUGGAGAGAUGGUUGUACAGGGUAUCCUCUGAUAGAUGCUAACAUGAAAGAACUAUCAACUACAGGUUUCAUGUCAAACCGUGGACGGCAGAUUGUGUGUUCCUUCCUAGUUCGUGACAUGGGCAUAGAUUGGCGCAUGGGUGCCGAAUGGUUUGAAACAUGUCUUUUGGAUUAUGAUCCGUGUUCUAAUUAUGGGAACUGGACUUACGGAUCAGGAGUUGGGAACGAUCCUCGGGAAGAUCGUUAUUUCAGCGUUCCGAAACAAGCACAAACAUAUGACCCAGAAGGCGAAUAUGUUGCAUACUGGUUGCCACAGUUACUAACAAUCCCAAGAGAAAAAAGGAACUUUCCUGGUAGUUUAUACAUUCGUCAAGUUGUGCCUCUCAAGUUUGGAACAACUGGGAGAAACAAUAAGGAGGAGACUUCACUUGGUGGAGCAAGAAGAAGAUAUGAUCGAAGAUGGAAUAGGAAUUAA